AUGGCAGUUGCUGGAACGGAAGAUCCUUGCCUUGAACGACAUUUCAAGGGACACAAAGAUGCAAUCACCUCAGUAGAUUUUAACCCAAACAUGAAACAGUUAGUUUCUGGUUCUUUGGAUUCAUCCUUGAUGGUUUGGCAUUUCAAAGAUCGAAUGAGAGCCUACAGGUUUAUGGGACACAAAGAUGCAGUGCUCCAUGUCUGUUUUGCCCCAACUGGAAACCUUAUUGCUUCUGCAUCUCGUGAUCAGACCGUCCGACUUUGGGUUCCAUCAGUGAAUGGGUCUUCGAAAACACUCCGCGCACAUAUCUCUGCUGUUCGUAGUGUUGAGUUUAGUCAUGAUGGAGCCAGUAUGUGCACAGCUUCAGAUGAUAAAACUGUCAAGAUUUGGUCUACUAGCCGCCAGAAAUUUCAAGUAAAUUUACAUGAACAUUCCAACUGGGUACGAAUUGCAAGAUUUUCUAAAGAUUCCAAGCUUGUGGCUUCAGGGAGUGAUGACAAAACUCUGCGUUUAUGGGACAUACGGUACAAGAAAAGUAUUCAAACUUUUAAUGAUACAGGAUUUAUUUAUGAUCUUCAAUUUCAUCCAUCUGGAUUAGCAGUAGCUUCUGUAGGCAGUGACAGUUGUGUCAAAAUGUGGGAUAUUCGAACUAAAAAACGGCUACUUCAUUUUACAGAUCAUGCAGGUCCAGUGAAUAGUGUCUCACUUCACUGUUCUGGAAAUUACCUUCUCUCUGCCUCUGAUGACGACACAUUAAAAAUUUUUGAUCUUGCUGAAGGUCAUUUAUUUUACACGCUUCAUGGUCACCAGAAUGGCGUCACUGCUUGUGCAUUUUCUCCUAACGGACAUUAUUUUGCAUCUGGUGGAGGAGACAAUCAGAUUUUGGUAUGGAGAACUAAUUUUGAUGUCUUUGAUGAAAGUGAGGUGCUAAACAGAGAGAAAAAAGAGAAUUCUCAAUGUUGUGAUUACAAAGAGGUAAAUAAUUCUCCAUUUACUAUUGAUACUUGCAAACCAACCUCACCACCAAGCUUCCCAUUUGAAAGGACACGCAUCAGUACACCUAAGCAAAAUAAAGGACAAGAAGACUUGAUCAGGGAAAACAGUGAACAAAAAAAAGCUGUUCUUGAAAGUCAAAGUAAUACCCAUGAAAACAUCUCAGCAAGUUUUUCUCAAUGGAACAAUGUUGGUUCAUCUGUAGCACAAACUUUAUCAAAUAUCAUUGACCAGUUGACAAUAAUUACUCAGACAAUGAGUUUCAUGGAGAAACGUCUUGCUUUGUAUGAAGAUAAACUGAAAGAAGUUUCAGAUCAGACUAGCCAAAUGUCACUGUUUGAAGAGAAACUUAAUUCAUAUGAAAUUAAACUAAAAGAUGAUGAUGCUAAAAGAUUUCAAAGGAUGAAACUCAUGCAACAACGGAUUGAAGAACUUGAAAAUAAAGUAAAGAAUAUGGCUUCAGAGAAAACUACAGAAUAG